AUGCAUCGUCUUUUUGCUGAGCUGGAGCCAUCUUUAACCGUCACAGAGCAAAACCUGACAGACCGAGUUCGGUAUAUCCUGCGCUCAAAUAUAUUUGAUGUCGCCGCACUCCAACGGCUACGACGUGAGGCUGUUCCCUCAUCGGAUGAAAAUGCUACGGCUGAGGAUGCGGUGCCACAAAUUAUAAAGCAACCCGCAAACGUGGAUGCCACCGUGAAUACCCCAGUUGUGGUUGUCAAACGAUGA